AUAUAUUUGAAGCAUAUUUAUAACUAUUUUAUAUGUAAUUACAGGGACAUUCACUAAGUUCUAAGCAUAGAUAUGAUGUAAUAGUUAUGAGACUCUGAAACAUGGUGAAGUGAUUGGAUUAUCCUCAAUGAAUAUUAACAGAAAAGUACAUGUAUCAGAUGUUAUUAUUUGAUUUUCUAAGUGGCUGUUAGAUGUUUCAGUAAUGUUUGCCAUUACUAGAAGUAUCAAACAAUAUACAGUGACUGAGUUUUUGACAACAGAAGGCAUAAUGCUGACAAAUAUUUAUGAAUAUAUGAUUGCUGUCAGUGAUGACAUAAUACCUUCUGAUACUGCCAUCAUAAAGUGGAAGAUGCCUUUAGUCAUGCAAAAGUGUUCCUUGAAAAUGAUUCCAGACCAGGCUACAGUACAGAUGUGACAACUGAAUUAGUAUGUGCUGAUGUUGAAAAAUAUAUGAUAGAAAACAGAUUCAUUGCUGUUUCUAGGGUUGCUAUUGAAGAGGCAUCAUUGUUGGGUUAGUGGAAAAAAUUGUGCCUGAAAAGCUGGAGGUUAUGAAAGUCUGCAUCAGAUUGGUGCCCAGGAUUUAUAUGCAUGAUGAACAAACACUGGGCUGUAUGUUCUCAAGAAGUGCUUUUCCUGAUAAAUGCAGAUAUUUGGACAUUUAAAAAUGAAGGAUUCACUGCAUUGGCUCAUCCAUCCCCUGUUCACAUUGGAACAUCUCAUGGUGUAUACAUUCUACCAGAAAAUCAAGAUCUUGGGAAUAAUUCAACUGUUAUGAGUGAAUGUUUACGUGUUCUUCAGAAGCCAUCUGUGCAUGAAAUGUAUGAUAAAAGGGCAGUACUAAAGUCUUCCUGCUUGGCUGGUAUGAGUUUCAUUUUAAAGGAAAUGCUGAAAAAUUAAAAUUACGUUUAAAGGAGAAAAUAAGAUAGCUGGUUAAAUCAAAUUAUCUAAUAUAUGAAAAUUCAGCUUAAAUGCUGAGUGAACAUAAUUAUUUCACUGAUUUAAUAAAGAGUUGGUAUUGGUUACUCUGGUUCACAUUUUCUAGUCAUAAUUUUUUGGUUCCAAGAAUUUUUUAGGUAUGAAAACCUUUAGUGACAUUUUGAUAAUCUUUAUCUGUAAAAGAAACAUUCCUGGUGACAAUCAUUUGUGUUUUUGCCUCUGACCUUUCAGUGCAUCAAUUUUGCUGACUUUUUUUCUUCACUUUUAGCAGCUGAGUAUUUAAAGAAUAAUAACUUACAAUGCAACAGAUCAAACUCAAAACAAUAGCUGUCUUUCUAUACUUUAGUAAUGUUUCCAAAAUUUCACUGCUUGUGUCUUGUUGCUAAAAACAUUCUUGGCACUGAAGA